CGAAGGUGCUCAGGGCCCAGAGCUAGCCGCGCACCCAGCUCCCCGGAGCGCGCGCAGCCGAGCGCCCAGGCCGCGGUUCCCGGGCGAGCGGGCAGGCAGGCGGGCACCGAGGGCUCCCGCGCUCCCCGCCGCCGCCGGCACCCGGGCGGGCCAUGCGCCCAGGCUAGAGCGCAGCCGCCGGCAUGCCGCUCCCGCUGCUGCUCGCCGCGCUGUGCCUCGCAGCCCACCCGGCGCCCGCGCGCGCCUGCCAGCUGCCCUCCGAGUGGAGACCCCUGAGCGAGGGCUGCCGCGCCGAGCUGGCCGAGACCAUCGUGUAUGCCAAGGUGCUGGCGCUGCACCCCGAGGUGCCCGGCCUCUACAACUACCUGCCGUGGCAGUACCAAGCUGGAGAGGAAGGGCUCUUCUACUCCGCCGAGGUGGAGAUGCUGUGUGACCAGGCGUGGGGCAGUAUGCUGGAGGUGCCCGCCGGCUCCCGCCUCAAUCUUACGGGUCUGGGCUACUUCUCCUGCCACUCCCACACCGUGGUCCAGGACUACUCCUAUUUCUUCUUUGUCAGGAUGGAUGAAAAUUACAAUCUUUUGCCACAUGGGGUCAAUUUCCAAGAUGCCAUCUUCCCAGACACACAAGAAAACAGAAGGAUGUUUUCCAGCCUUUUCCAGUUUGCCAACUGUUCCCAAGGGCAGCAGCUGAUGACUUUCUCGAGUGACUGGGAGAUCCAGGAAGACAACCGGCUCAUGUGCUCCUCCGUGCAGAAGGCCCUGUUUGAGGAGGAGGACCACGUCAAGAAGCUGCAGCAGAAGGUGGCCACCCUGGAGAAGCGGAACAGGCAGCUCCGAGAGCGGGUGAAGAAGGUCAAGAGGUCUUUGAGGCAGGCGCGGAAGAACAGCCGCCACCUGGAGCUGGUGAACCAGAAACUCAAUGAGAAGCUGGCGGGCGCAGGUGCUCAGCAGCACAUCAACGCCCUGGGCCGGGAGUCCGCGCGCGCCCCCUAUCGGCACGGGUAGCAGGUGCAGGCCUGCUUUAUCCGUCCCCGCAGACUGAGAGAAUAAACGCGGGUUCUCUGCGCGCACUUAUUUCAAACCCUAUAAGAGAUAUCCGCUAGCAUUUGGUAGAGUCUAACUGGGUACGGUGGUAAGCCUUGCAUUCUUUCCCACUGGGUGCUGGCCUUACUGGCCACUCGGCUUCAGACCCCACAUGCAGCAUGCCUCCUGUCUGUCCUGGCGCCAAGCAAAUGCCUUAAAAUCCAGAGGCAGUAGGAUCCCCAAGUUCUGGGCCAACUUGGGUCUGGCCCUCAGCCUCUAGAGUGCCUUCAUUGGGGAGAGAACAUUCUAGAACCUCAAUAUAUACGGAGAUACCACGGGACUGUGCUAUUAUUUCAGAAGAGAGUCAGUUGAGUCUCAGCAGCCAGAGCAGGCACAAGCAUGUUCUGCUUUUACCCAUGUUUUAAAAAGCAGGUGCCCUCUCAGAGCGGAAGCAUGUUAAGACUUAAUGAGUUCAUCACGGGCACGGGAGCCGAGCAGGGAGCUGAGGCAGCUGGUAAUUGGUAAAGAUAAAUUAUGUCAGUUUUCCAACCCCAGCUCCUACAGGCUGCCUUAAUCUACAGAGUAGCUGUUUCUAUGGACACACCAUGUCUCAUCACUCAAACUCCCAGGUUGGAAUUUAGCUCAGCCAUUGUGGAGUCUUAACUUUCUGUUUGCUGAGCAUGCCAUGAAUUUGAGUUCACGGUCAGUCACCCCACCACACUGACAUGGUCUACUCUGCAAAUCCAUCUCGCUGCCUGCUGGGAUUCAUCUUCCCACACUGGCUCCCAAAGGGCUUUGUUCAGAUUGUCUAACCCAAGCUUCUGUGCAACUACCAAACCCUUUCCCUGGAAACACAUUCAUGCUCCCUUCCCAGGUUCCCCACAAAAGGCCUGUGCAUACCCUGAGAGAAAUAUUUGCCUAAGAGUGCGCUUUCUUUUUAUCAGUUCCUUAACAGAAGGCUUUCUUUGGAAAGCAAACUUCAAGGCGGUUCAGUAGGAGUGCUCUCGCUGUCCUUACCGGGGGCCAAGUUUGACCAGGUGCCGGCUAGGUUACUAGGAAGUCAGCUGAGGGGCGUCUGUUCUGAUGAUGGCCCUCCAGACCUAAUGCCCUCCCAUGCUGUCCCGCCAACAGAAAGAAUUCUUUUGCCCUAUAGCGUCAACCACUCAGAGCCCACUCCAGACACACAAGGCUGAUGAAGUGUCCUUUACUGUCGCACUGCUUCCUUUCUACUUUAGGAAGUCCAGGCACCUCUACGAGAAGUAUCGUGUAUUGCAUGAGUAUCGGUGGUGCGGGAGCAAACUUGUGCCCUUGGCUGGACUGGGCAUGAUGGGAACUUCUACUCUGGGACCAAUCUUCUCCCACCCUCCCCCCUCAGCCCCUUUGGCGGUGAUGUUCGUAAUGUGCUACACAGGUGUGCCCUCUCGUUAAUUCUCCCUGGGGACAUUUAACUGAAGCAGUUUCCUUACCUCCCAAGAGGAUGGCAAGCUCAGAGGUGACAGCCAGGGUUUGGAGAACUGUGGCAGCCACAGCAUAUGGUAGCAUUGUGUUCUGCUUUUCCAAUAAACAUGAGCAGUGAUUCCAACAGCA